AUGCGUCCGUUUGUCAAGGCCAGCGUUGAUUUCUUCUCUGCGGAGAGAAAAGACAACUAUGUCCACUCUUUACCUGAGCUGAUUGACUUCAACGCUGUUCACAAUCCAGAUCAUACCCUCUGUAUCCAAACCCGGUCAACAGAACCAUCCAUCAAUAUUAGCAACGCACAGUUCAAAGUAGCUGUCGACCAGUGCGCUCAAUGGAUUGCAGAUAACGUCAAAUUGCCGCCUGUUACACCUAAGAAUGGCUUGACUGAGAAACACCCGGUUGCCUUACUCAUGGAAAGUGACUUUGGCCUCUUGGUGCAUCAGUUUGCUCUUGUGUCUAUGGGCAUUCCCCCUCUUGUUCUCUCUGCUCGCCUUAGCCCCGAGGCUAUUUUCCACCUCUUGAAGAGCACCGAAGCAUCGUCUCUCAUCGUCUCCCAGAGAAUUGCCCAGGCUACAAAGGGAGCAUUUGGUAGUGUGAAAGUAAUCGAUAUUCAUGUCGGUCAACCAUAUAGCUCUUUCCUCAAUGUAGAGCAAGACAAACUGGUUAAAAGGCAGGCAACUUAUCCUGACAACGUUGAUGCUAACAUUUUGCUCUUGCACUCGUCUGGCACCACGGGCCUGCCCAAGCCAAUUGCUCUCACUCACCGACAACUGGUAUUCUCAGUUAGUCAUGGCGACUUCGAUAGCGAAGAGGAGGCUCAGGGAAUUGUCAUCUCUACGCUUCCGCUAUUCCAUGGAUUCGGUUUACUUGCUCCUGGACUUGCCAUGUCGAUUGGUAAAACAGUGUGCUUCCCAGCUUCUGACCGGAUUCCCGAUGCUCAAUCAAUUGUCGACCUUGUCAACACAUCUGGUGCAACUGGCAUGAUGACGGUGCCUUUUCUUCUCGAAGAUAUGGCUGGACUUCCAAAUGGUGUCGGCCUCAAGGCUUUGGCUAAACUAGACUUUGUUGGAACAGGAGGAAGUGCUCUGAGUGCCGCAUUUGGAGCCUCUGCUGCAGCCGCAGGAAUCAAGCUUCUGAAUUUGUAUGGAACGACAGAGACAGGUCCCCUUACCAAGACAUUCGCACCCAAAGAUGGCUAUGAUUGGAAGUAUUUCAGACUUCGAAAAGACGUCCCCCUGAAGAUUACAGAGCUAGAGCCCGUCAACGGCGAAAAGAGAUUCAGACUGACAGUGUUCCCAUUUGGCGCCGACAAGCCGUUCGAGAUUGCCGAUCAACUGAUUCGAAACGAGGAUUUCCCCGAAACCGAUUUUGCUGCUGUUGGCAGAGACGACGACGUGGUUGUGCUUGCAACUGGAGAAAAAGUCAAUCCUCUACUUCUAGAGACUGCUCUGACUGAAUCCGGGUUGGUCAAGUCAGCCAUCGCCUUUGGAGAAAACCAAUUCGAGAUUGGUGUCAUUGUAGAGCCGACAACUGCAAUUACUGAUGACGAAAAGGAAGAGUUUAAGAAGAAGAUCUGGCCAAUUAUUGUCCAGGCCGGAGAGCGAAUGGACGCUACCGCGAGAAUCUAUUCAACCGCCGCCGUCAUCGUAGUUUCACCGACAGUUGUGAUUCCGAGAACAGACAAAGGGUCGAUUGCACGAAAAGAAGUGUUUAAGCUUCUCGAAGCUGAAAUUGCUCAGGUGUACAAGGAUCUGGAGAACGGCGCGAUUGACGAAGCGCCACUUAACUACGCAAACCUUGAACAGGAACUCAAGGAAUUGAUUCAAAAGCGACUCAAGCUCCGAGUCAAAGCUGACGCCUGGACGAUUGACGACAACCUCUUUUACCUGGGCCUUGACUCUCUGCAAGCCACAACACUACGAAGAAUUCUGCUUUCAGCAGCUGCAGAAACAUCACACGAUGUUAUUGGAAAGGACUUUAUCUAUGUAAACCCCUCCGUAAAGGCCAUUGCAAACGCACUUCGACAAAACAACUCUUCAAGUACAAGUGGUGGGUCCUUGGCAAAAGAAGUGGAAAGCUAUGCUCAACAGUACUCAGUUAAGGGCAUCAAUGUCACAGAAGCAGGCAACCCGGGUCCCAAGCUUGUUCAAGGAGCAGUUGUUCUUUUGACAGGCAGCUCUGGUAGUUUGGGAUCUCAUGCUUUAGCACAGCUCGCAAGGUCGCCUGAUGUUGCAAAAGUUGUCUGUUUAUUCAGGAAACGUCCGGGCACCGUCAUCAGCCCUAUUCCUGGAGCUGUCAAGGUUGACAGGUCUGCUCUUGCAUCCAAGGGCAUUGAGUUGACAGACGAAGAGUGGACAAAGGUUACGGCCUUGGAAGUCGACCCCAGUGCGGACAACUUGGGGCUUCCGCCAAUGGUUUACGGCAUGGUGUCAAAAACUGUCACACAUGUGUUGCACGCAGCAUGGCCAAUGAACUUUCACAUGCAUCUCCCGUCCUUUGCUUACCAGUUUUCCUUCUUGAAGAAUCUCUUGCAGCUGGCUGUUGAAGCGCCGCAAAAGGUCCGAUUCCAGUUCAUCUCGUCGAUUUCUGCCCUUGCGAAACUGGGGUUGGUCAACCCAGGACAAAGCAUUCCGGAGACUCCCCUAGAUGUGGAAAGUGCUGCAUGUGGAAUCGGCUAUGCCGAUGCUAAACUGGCCUGCGAAAAGAUCCUGGAGGAGGCAGCGUCGCUAUACAGCAGCACACUAGAGGUCUCAAUUGUCCGAUGUGGGCAGUUGACUGGGUCUAGGAAAACGGGAGCGUGGAAUGUCAUCGAGCAGAUCCCAAUGCUUAUCCGCACUUCCCAGGGCUUGGGUAUUCUGCCGAUAAUUGAAGGAACCGUUUCGUGGAUCCCAGUAGACGAUGCUGCGGCGGCGGUGACUGAAAUCCUGCUAAUCCAGGAGGCUCCCGAAUUAGUUGCCCACGUGGAGAACCCGGUGAGACAGCCAUGGAAGCAAGUUUUGGACGUCAUCGGAACUGAGCUGGGAAUCACACAGUCAAUCCCGUUUGAUGAUUGGCUUGAGAAAGUGGCCGCUACGGAUGACAAGGAUGCCGAUGUCUAUCCCGUGAAGAAGCUCUACGAGUUCUUCAAGCUUUACUUCCGCAUUGCCUCUUCCGGCGCGGUCAUCAUGGGGACAGAUGUUAGCCGCAAGAGCUCAGCCACGCUCCGCACACUCACGGCUCUAGACAAGGAUGUCAUUGCUGGAUAUGUCAAGUACUGGAAAACCGCAGGCUAUCUAAACUAG